AUGGGCGCCGCCGCCCGACUGGCGCAAUUGCUGCGGGCGGCGCUGCGGGCGGAGGAGCCAUGGGAAGUGGAGGAGCUGUUGCGACGCGGCGCCGACCCCAACCUGCUGCUCCCGGACGGUGCAGCGGCCAUGCAUCUGGCGGCCGGGGCGCGGCGCCCGCGCGGCCUCCGCUGCCUCGGAGCGCUCCUGCGGCGUGGCGGGGACCCCAACGCCCGCUCGUCCGAAGCACUGACCCCGCUGCAUGUGGCUGCCGCCUGGGGCUGUCUCCGCGGCCUGGAGCUGCUGCUGAGCCAGGGAGCGGACCCUGCGUUGCGCGACCAGGACGGUCUCCGCGCGCUGGACCUGGCAGAGCAGCAGGGACACUGGGACUGCGCGCGCGUCCUGGGGAAGCUGGGGAUGCGAACCCGGACCCCCUCACCGACCCAGGAGCUCGAGCCCAAGCCCAGAGGCCCUGAAGAAAAUGAACUGGGCACCAGCCUCUCUGGCCUUCCAGACGUGACCUUGGACUCCACAGUACUCCAGGCCCAGCUGGGCAUAGGUGACGGCAGGCACAUGGGCCUGGAGGCUGCUCCUGGACAGCCCAACCUCCCUAAAACCCCAGAGGCUGCUGAUAAGGAUGGGAGCUUGGAGGCCCCCCUGGGGCUUUUGGAUGGCAGCUCUGAUGCCUCCUUUGUCACUGCAGUGGAGGCCUCUGGAGCUGAGGACUCAGCCCCCGACAGCCCCCCCUGGGCUAGGUCAUUGCCCCACACCAUGCAGGGACUCCUGCCUGGUGUCCGUCCCCCCCAGAGGGUGCCAAGGUCCCUGGGUGCCCCACCACUGGUGCAUGGAGCUGUAAUGGGGAACAGAGAGGCAGAACUCAACGCCUGCCUGCAGGCCCUGACUCUGUCCUCGGCAGAUGCCGUCGACUCCAUUUCCUCCUCCUCUACCUCCUCCACUCCUUGUCCAGCCCAGAAUCCUCCAUGGCAAACGCCACUGGGACUCCCCGACCCCCACUUCCUGACUGAUGACCAGACAUCCCUCGACAGCGACGUGGCUGCUCUCUGGCUGACAGAGGAUGAAGAGUGGUCCACAGAUGUCAGGAACCUCAUCCCCACUUGCUGGUCCCCACCGGUCCCCACCGUGUCUGACCUGGAGCUGCUGCGGCAACUCCGAGCUCACGGAAUGAGUCCCGGGCCCAUCACACCCUUUACCCGACCACACUACCUCCAGCAGCUGGAAGAAGCCAAGGCUGGGCCUGGCCCAAACUUUGCAGGGCACAGCCCAGAGCUGGCCAAAGCCCUGCGGACAGGGUGGAUCCCAGAUGCCCAGGCAGAAGAGGACACAUUGGCCCAGCAGUUUGAGUGGCCUGACCCUGCCAGGACGUGGCGUGAGGGUGUCGUGAAGUCUAGCUUCACGUAUCUGCUGCUGGACCCGAGGGAAACUCAAGACCUGCCAAGCCGAGCCUUCUUGCUGACUCCGGCUGAACGCCUCCAGACAUUCGUCCGCGCCAUCUUCUAUGUGGGCAAGGGUACACGGGCCCGGCCAGAUGCCCAUCUCUGGGAAGCCCUUGGCCACUAUGGGCUGCCAGGAAAACAGGCCUGCGCCAAGGUACGCCGGAUCCUGGACAUCUGGGCCAGUGGCCGUGGUGUCGUCUCCCUGCAUUGCUUCCAGCACAUGGUCGCCGUGGAGGCCUACACGCGAGAGGCGUGUCUUGUGGAUGCUCUAGGGAUCCGGAUGCUGACCAACCAGAAACAAGGGCAUUGCUACGGAGUGGUGGCGGGCUGGCCCCCUGCCCGGCGCCGCCGCCUAGGGGUGCACCUGCUACACCGCGCCCUCCUAGUCUUCCUUGCUGAGGGAGAGCGAGAACUGCGGCCUCAGGACAUCCAGGCCCGUGGCUGAGCACUGGGGAACCAGCCAUCUGGCCUGGGCAGAGAGUGGAGUGUUUAAACAUCCUGGCUGCCAUGUGCAGAUACUAGCCCCUUUCUCUGCCUCCAGAAGGUGGGGCUAGCAGAGUGGGCUCCCCCAACAGGCUGAAGGAGAACUCUGUUAGAGGUGGAAUUGCCAGGGAGGGAGUGAGCUUCCCAUCACGAGAGGUAGACAAGCAGGGAUCUAAAGGUGCUUCGGAACAUUCUGGUGCUUUUGCAGUUUGGACCUUGCCAUGUGGACAGAGUCCACUUUUAUUUGCCAGUCACAGACAGGAGCUGCUGGACCCCCUUGUGGGGCAGGCUGGGGGCUCCUCAGAGAUACACUCAGGGACUCCAUUUCCGGACCAGUUACUUAUCUGUCUGAGCCUGUUUUCUCAGUUGUACGACACGGGCAGUGAGAGGCCU